UGAUCUUAUCUAGGCCCAAGCAAUAAAACAGAACACGAAGUUUGACAUUCACUGCAAAUGUGCCAGUUUUUUACUAGGAUGUAAUAAAAUCUAGCAGGAAGACACCAUUAAAAAAAGCAAUGAGAGAUAUGACAGACAGCACUAAAGGUUCAGGUGUCACUACACAGAGGAACCAGGUGUAUAAAAGAGGUUGUAGGGAAUCCUCCAACAACAGAACAACGCCGUCUGUUUUGCAAAGCUUGAAGAUGGCAGGAGAGAUUUUGGGUGGUAUGAUUGUUGUGGCAGGCAUUGUGCUCAAUGUUUGCAUCUGGACAAGUCAUGGUCAAGUUUCAGCUCCUCCUCCAUGUAAUGUGAAUGGAAGAAUACCCCCUGUGACAGGAAACUGCUCAAACCAGUACUACUUAUGUUACAAUCCCAACCUGAAUGGCAAUGGUAAUUUCUCUCAGUGGCUUUACACUUGUCCUGGCACCUCCGUUUUCAACGAAGUAACGCAAAGAUGCAGUACUGCGUGUGCAGUAACUACAACUACCUCCACAGCAGCUCCUGCCGGUGGUGGAUAGUGCCAAUGAAAAGCAUUUGAAAUGUUUCGACUUUUGUGUUAGACUAUACUCCUUCUAGAUACACGGUAUACUUUGUAUUGGCAGAAAAAAUAAAAAUAAAAAGAAGAA